UGUUCUCAUUUGACCCGAACUUUUCCAGACUCUCUCAUCUUCUUAAACCAUCGUUCAAAUUCAAAACCGGAGGACAUUAGCGAAAGGACCUCUUAGUUUGGCAUCUGUGACGUUAAGAUUCAACAACCUGUCUGAAUAUAAUUAUCAUGAAGUUCUUAGAAUACACUCCUCUAGACCGAAUAAAUGAUUUCUUGAGAGAAAUAAACCUUGGUGAACGCACCAUCAAAGGGAGCCUUGAAGCAUAUUCUUGCAAACACUCAGGAACAGAUAAAAGACUGUCUCUCAGUCUGGAAAAUGAGAUCCUAGACUAUCUUGGGAAAUCUUCAGAUACCGACUCCUCACCGGUUGAAUUCCUGUUGAGCCAAUCAAGCCGGAAGACAUUGAUCUACUUGGUGCUUACCCUCUAUCACAUGUAUCCAGAUUAUGACUUAAGUGCAGUUAAAGCACACCAGUUCUUCACAGAGGAAAGCUGGGAAACUUUUAAACAGAUUUUUGAAACCUACAUGCUUGAAGCGUCAAAGGAAUGGAUUGAGAAGUAUGGGGAUAGUUCACUCUUGGAAACUUUGUACAAGGCUCUAGACGAGGUUGUGGAUCUCUCGGAGUGUGAAAUUUACAGCUAUAAUCCAGAUUCUGAUGCUGAUCCCUUACUGGAGAAAGGGGCAAUAUGGUCCUUCAGUUUCUUCUUCUACAACAGAAAAUUAAAGCGUGUAGUGAGUUUCAGCUUUUGCUGCUUAAGUAAUUUAGUGGGUGAUGGAUUUCUUGCUGACAGCUUGUGUUCCGAAGAUGGUGAAAUAUUCGAUAACAUGGACAUUUGAUGUAACCAUGAACAUGUACAUACUAGUACUGUGUAAGUACAAUGUCCGUAGAAACCCUUUGACAACGUUUGCAGUUAUGUAACAGUAGUGUUGCUCUCAUCGCACUGACAGUAGGUUAGUCUUUUCUAUUUUGCUGUGUACACGUAGUCCGUAGUUGUGUUGUACGUAAUUGGAGAGUAAGUAAUGAUGCCUAUAAGAAAGUCAGGUUUGAGUUUAGGUUGAAGUUGAAGACAUCACUUGCCUAACAACCAAGAUUCAUGCCUUUGCUUGAGGCAAUAGACUUUUGUGUUGAUAUAUGCUUGAAACAAAGAGCCGAUUGUUGUA